UUUUUGAGGUGCUUGCGGAAUGGAAGAAAAUGCUGGCAAGUCAGUGUAAACACGAACUGACUUUCUGCGAUUGAAAUACAGCAGGUCGAGUCCCUGCCUGAAAGUUCACCAUUCCAAAGUAGCUGCCGUCCACGACAUGCGGCAUACAACGGAACUGAGCUUUUCUUCCCGGUCCCCCAACUUUGCUCCAGGGUGACGGGUUAAGCAAGGGGUUAAUUGACAUAGCAGUUUUUAGGAAGGCAGAAAGCAAAAAAGUCCUUCAAUAGACAAAACUAUGCUUCUUCGCAAAACACUAUUUUCCCAGGGCAGAGGAGCCGCAGAGUGAACCUCGUACCCUCAGUUCUCAAUUUCCCACUGCCAACAAAAGAGUUAAACUGAAACCCUCGCGUCCUCUCUUCGCGCUUCAAACUGACCCGUCCGGGGAGCGGUAGGGGUGACGUCAUCGCAGCGCGACGACCGGAAGUAAGCGCCUGUGCUCCGGGGUGCGGAGCUCCUGCUUCUAUCUGGACGGUCAUCGCUCCUCUCUGAUCCAGGCCUAGAUGGACAGUGCCCACGAGUCGCCCACCGAGAAAGGUGGAGAGGCAGGGGAGUCAGAGGAGACGCCCGCUGCUCCCGGGGGACCGGGGACUACGGACACGGAUGUACUCCCGGAGGAAACUGACGGAGACGGGGAUGCGGACUUGAAAGAAGCCGCAGCGGAGGAAGGCGAGGUAGGAAGAGAUGUGUUGGUGAGGUUAGAGGAGCACCCCGACUUUGCUGUUACUGGAUGCUCGUCGAUACUGCCUAAGACUCAGGAUGUCUCAGAUUUAACAGCAGUCGAAAGAGAGGAUUCAUCAUUACUUACACCUGCAGCCAAAAAACUAAAACUAGAUACCAAAGAAAAGAAAGAGAAAAAGCAGAAGGUGGAUGAAGACGAGAUUCAGAAGAUGCAAAUCCUGGUUUCUUCUUUUUCCGAAGAGCAGCUGAACCGUUACGAGAUGUAUCGCCGGUCAGCUUUCCCCAAGGCAGCCAUUAAAAGGCUGAUCCAGUCCAUCACUGGCACUUCUGUGUCUCAGAAUGUCGUUAUUGCUAUGUCUGGUAUUUCCAAAGUUUUCGUCGGAGAGGUGGUAGAAGAAGCACUGGAUGUGUGUGAGAAGUGGGGAGAACUACCGCCACUACAACCCAAGCACAUGAGGGAGGCUGUUCGGAGGUUAAAGUCGAAGGGGCAGAUCCCCAACUCGAAGCACAGAAAGAUCAUCUUCUUCUAAACCAAAGCCUAGAAAGGCCCCUUUCUGACAGAGGUACUGGUUCCAGACUUCCUGUUAAUGUGAACUUAGGUACUGGUGCUUCACGAUCCGUCCUGCAAGGAUUCUAUGAAUUUAAUGUCUUUCUCAAAACUCUUGACAUUUGUCACACCGAGAUGACGUGCAGCCUGUUUCAUGUGCCUUGACUAAAUUUUGGGAUCUCUUAUGGCAUUCUGAAGUAUUUCAUUAUCUUUUGGCUCGCUGGAAGAAGAAAGGUGCAGGAGCCUUAAGCAUCUUCUGAACAGGUGAUCUGCUUUCAAAAAGAAUUCUUCCUAGAGAGCUUUGACAGGUUCACACUGCAGCCUGAAGCUGGUAAGACUUAGGUUGUUCCUUAUAUCUACUUUUAAGUAGGUGAAAGAGCCAGAAAUUUUGCUGGUGAUAUUACAAAAGAAAGGGUGGUGGGGCCAGUAGGGGUAUAGUGGUUAAGGCGCUGGACUCUCAUAUGGCCAACCACGGUUCAAGUCCGGACCCAGCAGUUUGAAAACCACACUGGGCAUGUAUGUGUGCAUGCCCCCAAUCCCAAGAGGAAAAGGGAUUACAGCAUGGCCAUCUCCCCAGAAGGUGAUUACAUGGUAGUAAUGGGUAGUGGAAUAAUUUGUACUAGCAAACGUUUAAGAUUCUCUUGUGAAUUUUGGUGAAUAAUCACUAAACUAUUUCUA